CGGGCAACCUUCGUCGACUUUGAGACAGAGGCACUUAAAUACGUUUACAACAAGCAUAUGAAGGAGGGGACCUCUGUUACAGAACAUGUCCUGGACAUGAUGGUCCACUUCAAUACUGCUGAAGUGAACGGGGCCACCAUUGAUGAGGCAAGUCAAAACCUUACUAAGGCUAAGGGGAAGGAAGUGGAGGCAAACGUUGCCACCAGAAAGAAAAUACCAAGAGGUUCGACCUCUAAAGCAAAAGCUGGACCUUCAAAAAACAGAAAUGUUCAAAUAAAGAAGAAGAAGGAAAAGGGGAAGGCUCCCGUGGUUGACAAGGGAAAGAAUGUUGCAAAGGGAAUCUGUUUCCAUUGCAACCAAGACGAGCAUUGGAAGAGAAAUUGCCCGAAGUAUCUUGCCGAGAAGAAGGCAGAGAAAACAACGACAGGAAACUAGUUCCUGGAAGAAGCUGGAAGAAGGCGAGACAACAUUUCUCUAGUGCCUUCUUAAAUAAGCAAAUUACAUGCAACUCUUGCAUGUCAAAGUUCACCAAAAGCUUACAACACAUAUUCCACUUAUGCAUGGCAUGGAUAAGUGUCAAAAUGCAUGUCUAAGUUCAACAAAAGCUUACAACACACAUUCCACUCAUGCAUGACAUGACUAAG